AACCUUCCAUCUGUUCUUACACCUUCAGGCUCCAAUUUCAUUAUAGGUCGUUGAAAGUUGAAAAUUAAGUUAAUAUUGUUGGUUUCUGACAUAGCCGAAUUAAUCAAUGGGUAUUCUUGAUCAUUUUUCCGACAUGUUUGAAUGGACUCACAGUGAUAGGAAAAAGCUCAAGAAAUUGAAAAGACGCCCUCUUCAGACGGUGGAGAUACGAAUAAAGAUGGACUGCGAAGGAUGUGAACGGCGGGUGAGGAAGUCGGUGGAAGGGAUGAAGGGAGUAACCGGAGUGGAGGUGGAGCCGAAGAAGCACAGGCUGGUGGUAACCGGACACGUGGACCCGGACAAGGUGUUGCACCGGGUGAGACACCGGACCGGGAAGGUGGCGGAGUUCUGGCCGUACGUUCCCUACGACGUGGUGGACCAUCCGUACGCUCCUGGGGUUUACGACAAGAAGGCUCCGGCGGGUUACGUCAGGAACGUCGUCAACAACCCGCAGGCUGCGGGUCUUGCCCGGGCUAGCUCCACCGAAGUCAAGUACACCUCCGCGUUUAGUGAUGAGAACCCCAACGCCUGCGCCGUCAUGUGAUACUUAUAAUCCCACCAUAAACGGACUCUGUUUUUUUCUAUGUAAUAUAUCUGUGUUAAUUAGUAGUAUUUGCUUAGGUAGUACAGUUGAUAGUAUCUCUGAAACCUCGGGUGGGCAUUGACGUACGUUGUAAAAAUAUGUACAAUUCAGAAGCUUUUAUGCUACGCUAUUAGCGUGUGUUUGCCUGUAUGUUUUGGCAAGAGGAAUGCAAGUACUUUCAAGUUUCAUCAUAAUUUAGACCGUAAUAGAUUCAAGGAUGUCCCGAGAUGAAGUGAUUAUGGGGAAAUGAAAUACCGUCGGUUGAAACUUAAACUCGGUGUGACUGGAAUCAUAGAGUACGUACUUGAAUUAAAAUAUCGUAA